AUGUCUUCUGGUACGCUCAUCUUCUUUGUGGCUGCACUGGUCACAGUUUUCUUCUACAACCGUCGAUGCAGUAGAUUGCCACUACCCCCUGGACCACGUCCAAAGUUUUUUACCGGAAAUGUUCAUCAACUGCCAAAUAAAGAGCCUUGGCUAGUGUAUGGGCUGAAACCUAUGGUGAAUAUUGUCCAAUGGCCCAUAUUCUCAUUCCGCGUGCUCAACCGGCAGUUCAUAGUGCUCAGCUCCCUACAAUCUGCUACUGAAUUACUCGACUCUCACGCCACUAUAUAUUCUGAUCGUCCGAAAAUAUGGAUGUACACAGAACUUGCGAGGCGCAGCCUGCUCCCGUUCAAUAUAUCUUUCACUCACCCGUAUUUCAAGAUAUAUCGCACAGUCCUCAAGGCCAGUUUGAGUCCCCGCACUAUACAAAACUACCAGUCGCUGCAAACCGAAAAUUCUCUUUCGCUGCUUUAUGAUCUGCACAAGAACCCUCAACAUUUUGCCGAGCACAUCAGGAGGAACGUAGCGGCGAUUGUCCUUAAUCUCGUAUAUGGCUGGAAGGUCACCGAGAAUAACGAUUAUAUCACUGGUAUCCUGCAAGAAAGUGUAGAAAUCGGUACCAUACUUUUCCAGCCUGGACGUUGGUUGGUCGAAGCGAUACCAUCAUUGCGUUUCCUACCUUCAUGGUUUCCAGGGGCAGGAUUCAAGCGUGUAGCCUUCGACAUCGGGAAAAAGUUGAGUAGCAUUGACACGAUACCAUAUAAUUGGGCCAAACAACAAAUACAAAGCGGCAGCUACACACAUUCCUUUGUUUCAGAACAGCUCCUUCCGGAGGAUGGGUCCACGGUCGGCGCUCAACAAGAAGAGAUCACCAAGUGGUGCAGUCAGGGGAUCUAUGCAGGAGGAUUAGACACCACAUCAUCAACCUUAACGUCUUUUAUCCUAGCGAUGCUGCUUUAUCCAGACGUGCAGAAGCGUGCGCAGGCAGAGAUCGAUACCAUAGUGGGUCAGGACCGAUUUCCCGCGUUCAGCGACAGAGACAAGCUUCCGUACAUCGAAGCGCUCAUCCAGGAGCUCCUCCGCUGGGCACCUGUGGUUCCGCAAGGGCUCCCGCACCACGCGAUGAAGGAAGAUGUCUACGAAGGAUACCACAUACCUAAGGGUACGACCGUCAUCGCGAACAUCUUUUCCAUGUCACGGGAUAAGGCAAUGUAUCACGACCCAUUAGAAUUCAGGCCUGAGCGCUUCCUCGGUCCCUCUCCCCAAUUGGAUCCACGCAAGUUUGUCUUUGGAUUCGGGCGCCGGAGAUGCCCUGGGUUACAUUUUGCCGAAGCCUCGCUGUACCUCAAUAUCUCUUGCGUCCUUGCUGCGUUCACGAUUGGCAAACCGCUAGAUGCGAAAGGGAAAGAAAUCUCAUCUCCUGUAGAGUUCGAAGGUGUUGGUGUACUCUGGCACCCUAAACCAUUCAAAUGCAGAUUCAUCCCGAGGAACAAGGAUUUGCUCUCAAGCGCCUUAUCGCAUACAAGCGUCCCACUGUCUUCGAAUGUUAUCAUGAUGACCCAACCGCAUCCGAUUGAGCAGUCGGUGCUUCCAGCUAGCUAGCGCUCGAACCUGACUAUCUAUCAUAGUACUUAGCGCUCAUCAUCCGUUCCCGCAAAUUAUAUUUCUUACGGCUGGAACUUCUGCGCAGCAACCAACCAUCUCCGCGUCAUCACCAUAAGACUGAGCCCAGCGAGUAGAGGAAUUCACGUAGAUUUGCAUCUAGCUCCAAUCAUUACUGAGUUCGAACGGAAGUUCUGCAGCUACCUGUCACUGGCAGGACUAUUGAACGAGAGUCAAAACUCCCGUUCGGCGUGCAGUGACUU